GGCGCAUUUUUUCACGCGCUUUUGUCGACGUCACACGAGAGGGGCCUUCAACAUGGCUGCUCGCUGCUGAGGCCACAGAGGGGUUUGGGUCACCUGUCGUUGCGGUGAGUGCCGCCGCCGAGCAGCGAACCGUCAGCCAUGCCCGUAAGAACGACGGAGAUCGUACCACCCUUGCCAGCCAACGCGCAGCAACCUGGCGUCACCAGGUCGCUGCUCUACAACGGCUCCCGGUUCCAGGGCCAACAGAAGAGCAAAGGCAACAGCUACGACGUCGAAGUCGUGCUUCAGCAUGUGGACGAAGCAAACUCCUACUUGUGCGGCUACCUGAAGAUCAAGGGCCUCACAGAGGAGUACCCAACACUCACAACAUUUUUUGAUGGAGAGAUCAUCAGCGGGAAGUACCCAUUUCUCACGAGGAAAUGGGACGCUGACGAGGAAGUCGACAAAAAACACUGGAGCAAGUUUGGGUCAUUCGAGGAUUACACCAAGACGUUCAACUGUGACAGUUUCAACUACACGAGCCUCAAAGCAUCCGAAAACGUUUUCAUGAGGUGGAAGGAACACUUUCUGGUUCCUGACCACACCAUCAAGGACAUCAAUGGGGCAUCCUUUGCGGGCUUCUACUACAUCUGCUUCCAGAAAAAGUCGGCCACCAUUGAAGGCUACUACUACCACCGAAGCUCUGAAUGGUACCAGUCACUAACGCUGCGGCACGUGCCGGAGCACAGCAUCCAGAUAUACGAAUUCCGGUGAGGACAGCGCACGUCUGCAAACGCGGCACCAGCGGCGCGUCCAUUCCCGCCAUCACCCCGGUCCCCUGCAUCACGACAGGGCAGUCACUUGAGUCGCCGUCCUGCAGCAACAUUGCUCUUCAAAUCGGAGAGAGUCGAAUGACCGGCGUUCAGUCCAUCGCCAGCCGCCCCGACACGUCCGCGGUUCACCCAUUGCGGGUCGACGAUGACGACAGCUUCGUAAUUGUGCACUCCGUCACAAGUGUCCACUGCUGCCGCCGCCGUGCUGUGUGUGUUUAGUGUGUCCGUGCCAUCAUCAUCACUACCGGACUCGAGCCCCGAAGAGACGUCUUCAUUCACCGUGUGCGUGCGUCCGCCAUCUUCAAAACUGAAUGUGCAUGCUGCUCUCUGAACAAAGAGUGCUCGAAGCAGGGGGAUGGCAUUUCUUCCUUCUAGUCCCGUCGCCAUCGGCAACGCCGAGAUUGUAAGGGUUGCACCUGUAAUUUUUUUUUUCCCCUUCUGUUCCACUGGUUGUGACUGGUUUUUCCUAGUGAAAGGAAGAUACGUUGGGCUGACGAAGCCUUACCGCAUUCUGUGCUUUCGCAUUCACCCUGAGUAACAUCUAAGGCAUGUGGCGAGAACUAACCUCGCGAUGCCCGGGCCUGGCAUUUUUUAUCGUAGUUCUUUGGCGUGGGGGAGGGGUGGAAUCGGUGCAUGAUGCAUGUGUGUGUUCCGCUGCUGCAUUGUACAACAACGGAAGCAUAAUUCGAAAUGAGAUUACGUUUAAACAAACUGAUUGAGCAGUGCCGAUUUGUUUCGUUUUACAUGCCUUGCAUGCGUUUUUUUUUUUUUUUUCUGAUGGCAUACAUUUAACUUUGACAGAUUUAUGCUGGCAUUUUAAUCAGCUAUGUCGCCAUGUACUGUUCUACAAAAAAAAAAGACAUUACUGCAUGCAGUAUGCAUCCCAGUUAUGUAUGCAUGUAAAAUUAAAGAAAGGCUGUGUUGUGACAGAUGUGUUUAGAGAUGGCAGGAAGCCACGCGUUUUUUUUUUUUUUUUUUUUUACGUUUGUAAGUUGCGGUAUGCCGUGUGUGCGUAUUAUAGGGUGCUGCACUUCGAACAUCAGCGCAGCUUCACCUGUCACAGUGUUGACGCUCAAGUGAGAACCAAGUUGUGGUCUUAUUUUUUUGUUACUUUCAAUAUUUGACUUGAUUGCUGCAUUUGAAACAUCCUGCGAGGUGUCACCAAAAUCAGAGGCCAGGAGCAUUUACUCCUCAAGGCAUUUAAGUGAACAAAGCAUCUUCAGCUUAGUAAUCCAGCAAUUAGGCAUGCGCGCGAGGUCUGCAGAAGAUGCCUGUAGCCACUAUGCGCUCGGAGUUUUAAUUUCAGCCCAGUCUUACAUUUCGUGCACGUCUACAUUUAUUGUUUUCCUUUUUUUUAACGGUCCCUCUUCCACAGUGUUGGUAACAUUCAUUUGGACAAAAUCGCGACUUCACAUCCCAAAACGCUCAAUCUUCAGUAAAAAUAAGUUGCUAAGUGAUGAUGGUGACUUGUUCAUUUCCUAAAUGUCGUCCCUAUUAUUUUUAAACUGCAGCUUUGAAUUACUUCUAGCUGUUACAGGCUAAUGGUUGGAAUGCGAGAAAGGACGAAAAAAAACUGUUUUCCUAAAAACACUUUUAAAUCUUAAGAUUCUGCUUUGCCAAGAUCAAACAGCUUUGAUAUGCCCCACUAGUGAGCUCUUCAGCAUGUCCUUAAAAGUAGCGACCAAAUAACCGCGCAUACCAUGUCCCCUUUAGUAAGCGUCCCUCGAGGAAUUUUGCCGGGGCAAUUCGCUGGCUAUUUUUGUCGCUAGCAUAAUCUCUAAGACUCCACAAAUGCGAAACCGUCGUUAACAUUGCCAAAAACUCAUUUAGCUUGGCAACUUUCUAGCUAAAGUAAAACUCUUGCUUGGGCUAGUUGGUUCAUGCUUGAAUUAAUAAAGGCAAGACGUAGAAGACCAGGACUCAAGAACACAAAUGACAGGACCGGUGCCGGUCCUGUCAUUUGUGUUCUUCUUCUUGAGUCCUGGUCUUCUGCACCUUGCUUUUAUUAAUUCAAUUUCUAGCUAAGUUACCAACACUGCUCUCGCAGCAUUUGACGAAACACUGCAGUGGUUCUGGUGCUCUGCCUCCAAGCACCAGGUUGCGGGCUGUAGUCUCCUGGCUGCAAUCUAAAUGAAGGGAGAAUGCAGGGAGAGAGGAUUCUUUAAGAAAUGGCUACGAAGUUUGCCUGACUUCGACUCCUCUAGCCCGCUGCUCUGAAUAAAAAUGGACUGCAGGGCAAGUUGGGACAGAUUCAUGAUUUACAACACAAAACGGAGAUGGGGGGGAAAAAUAGGGUGGGCACGAGCAUCGUCUUCCAAUUGAAGUUUUAUUGAAAACAUGAGUCGAUUAUAUAUACAAGGUCACAAAAAAAACAUUAGCGUCAAAACUGGGAUAGCAAAACAGUCACAUGGGCGAAGUGCAGUUAUGUAUUAUCUAAAAAGGCAAACUGCAUCUUAGAGGAAUGGAUGGCUGGCUCACUCAAGACUGCACGUGGUUUUCAUUCCAUAAAGAUUCAGCAAUUUUACGGGUGCCGUGAUCUCUGUGCGUCAUUUCGUUGUCUCCAUCCUGUUGCACUGUAGAUCAUGAACCGGCUUCUCUGCACCGGGAUAAAUCCAAGGGGAUAGAAGGGUUACGAGCGGCAACAAUGUUAGACGGAAUGCAGAAGCAUUCAUGUACGCGCUGAAGAACCAUGGGUGUUCAAAAUGUAUUCAGAGUGCUCCAUAAUGACAUCUUUCGUUUCUCUUUUAGCCCGCAGAGCAUCUUCAGAACAUAGCACUUUAUCAAAUCUGUUGAGCACGUGAUACACAAGUCAACAUCAUGGGUUUCUGCCUCGGCCGAUACAGCUUUAAAGGCAUACUAAAGACAAAACUGAGUUAGCACACUGGCGAACUAUUGCUCCAAAACUAUUUGAACUGAUGUGGCAGAAAAACCUUGUCGCAGGAGGUAAUGGAUGCUGAACAUUUCUUAAAAAAUCACACACGCAGACCACAUCGACAGUGUCGCUAGUAUGGCGUCGCAGAUUUAUGUACCUUUAAACAACCUCCCUUGCAUUACGUGGCGGAGGGGGGAUACAAAAGUACGUUUCAAACAAUACUCGUGAAGUAUAUUUUGUACCUCACUUUAAGAAGCAUAAAAGCAAUAACGAUCAAUACAGGGUGCACAGUAUUCUACUGUAUUUUAAUGCAUCGACUAUGUGAUACAUCAGUUUGCUAAUUCCUCGAAGUGAGUCUGGCAUCGCCAGAUGCAUAAGACUUUCUGUUUAGCUGUAAUGUGGCAUACAAGUCUGCGGCACCUGGCGCAGCUGUUUUCGUUUUUGUAAGGUAAUAUAUGGAAGGCCUUCAUAAGUUUUCCGCUGAAGGCCUUGAACAGUAGUUCAAAGCCAGGAGCAGAUCUUGGAGCACAGUAGAUCUAAGAAUAUACUUAAUGGGUUAACAGCUGUAGAGAGUACUUCAGCUUUGCUUGAGAGAGAGAGGCAAGGAUAAUUUACACUGACAAUUAACAUUCUUGAAAUUUUAUUCAUCGUACAAGUGCAUCAAUUGUAGCGCCUUUUAAUGCAUUGGCAGCAACUUACGUCAGCUUGCCACUGCUUCAAGAUUAGUGUGGCGUAACAGAUGCAUGCGAGAGAACACAUCUGCAAAAGGUGCCCAGGCCCAAAUUUAUUCUUGUAUCUUUAAACGUCUGUGCAAUGAGAUGGCCCGUGUAACGUAGGAAUAAUGCUGUCCAUGUUCUCGUAUGAACUGUGCACUGUGCGAGCUUUGCAAUGAAGUGAGCCCCAAGCAUUCCGUUACAAGGACUGUCGACUGGAUUACACUGCUUUGACAAGACUGGCACGUAUACGUCACAUCCCAUAUAGCACAAGCUGGAUUAAGCUAGCUUGAGAAAGGCUACCACAAGUUUUCAGCGGGAUGUUAUCGUUAAUUUCUCGACAGCUCCUUUAUUCAUUCUUUUCACCCUUUAUCAGUGGCACGUGCACCCGGCAUGCUGUUAUCACCAGGAUAAGCCACUCAGUACAGCGAAGGCCAAGAACAUAAAGGAAAAGAAUCAUUGUGAAAAACAGCUUUAGCUGAUAACAGGGAAGAAACGUGAAGUCAGCAUGUUUGUCUCCUUUUGUUUACAUCUUGAUGCCCUCAUUAGGUGUCUGUCUUCACCAUGUCUAAACGCCCCUUUGCCCUCACUUUAAAAAAAAGAAACCUUCGAGCAGCAUGACUCGAUUGUCUCAAAAUCCCUUUGGGGUGUUAUGGGGUUGCAGAGCACCUUUAUGGUUUUAAAAAAAAUCCUUUGGAGUGUAAAGGAGUUGUAACGCCCCUUUACCAUGUUUAAAAAAAAAACCUUUUGGUGUGUAGUUAGUCGCACAGUAAUUGUCAGUGUGAAGUCAGCAUGGGUGUCUACUUUUAAAGCGAGAGCGUUAAGGACGCCAUGUCGCAGGAAAUCCAGUGUCAGCAAAGUUGUCCCCGAGUGAAAAUUUUCGCACGUAUUUAAGUAUACGUACAUGCCACGGCUUGCUAUAUGACUUGCAGUAUACGAGAGUUAUAUUGCCACAUCAAUCUGUCACUAAAGCUGCUCAUGCCUUGUCUUGCAUUCUUGACAAAGUUAUUCCUCGCAAUUUUGAGAACGACAGCGCAUACCUUUUAUGUUAACUCUUCUCAGACUUAGUAUUAGAAGUGCUGAACAAUGACAGAAACCUUAAAGUGAUGCAAUUUCUUUGGCGCGGCUGGGCACUACCUCUGGGAUCGGCCCACACAAGAGGCCAUUGUGUUUCUAGCAGAAAGCUCACCUUUGCGCAUGGCAUUCGCACCAGCGUUUCCGUGUAAACAUUACGGUUACAUAAGCUGCAGUUGCUAGGAAGCGCGAGAAGCAGUCGGGGAUCUUUGAAUGCUAUCACGUUCCACUCUUAAAGGCGAAGCUUAAGCGUCAUCCAAGUUUUUGUUUUCACCUCUGUGGUGCUCUCAUUAGGUGUCUUCAUCAUGUGUAGCAACACCCAUUUACCUUCACCUUAAAAAAGAAACCCUUCGGGGUGUAAGGGGUCACAGCACACCUGCAUGGUUUUAAAGAAUAUACUUAGGAGUAUAAAGGAGUCGCAGCACCCCAUUUAUCACCUAAGAAAAAAAAAGAAACCUUUUGGAGUGUCGUUAGCCUCUGAAUAAUUGUCAAGCUUGUGUGUGUUUUCUGAUCACAACACUACGCAUCUGGUGUAUUCCUGUCAAGAAAGGCAUGGGCACAUUAGCAUACCAUAGCAUUUCCAGCAGAAACGUACCAGGCUCGCGGCAUUGAUGGAGAUGUACACCUGAUUGAUAGUGGUUGUACAGCAGAAUUACACUCGAAAGGGUGUACAACUUUAAAAGUGACGCAGACUUGCAGCUCGUCAAUUUGCAUUUCCUUUUCUGUUGCAGUUAUUUUGCUGUCUUCAACUAAGCUGGCCUCAGAUUGUCAUGGCUGUCAGUAUUUGUAACACAGAAGCGUUGUUUGUCGAGACCACCCAUCAACUUGAUGUCAACAUCGCAUAAAGAAGCUUGCAUUGCCAUUACUGCUCAGCUUACAUCAGUGAAGAAUAUUUCUUUGAAGAAACAAGGAUUGUCAAGAUCAAGGCUGCUUCUAGUCUUUGUUUCUUUUACAUUUGACGCCGUGUAGCUGAACAGUAUUUCUCAAAUCGUACAUCCUAAUGUACCAUAAUUUUCUUCCUGUAGACCUGUGCACAUCUCUGUAUUGGCUAUUGAUUGCCCUGUCUCGUGCCAUUCACAGCUCAUUCUUCAGUUUUUCAAAAGAAGUAUUAGCAAUUGUCAUCGAUGGGGCACAUUCAAGUUUACGUGCUUACCUGCACCAACUGAAAUUCAAUAGUUCUGAACCUAUUUCUUAGAGCUGUCUGGAAGGCUUGUUUACUUUUCACAAAACAACCCCAGUCAACUCUACAGUGGUAGCAGAAUAAGGCCUCUACUGACAGACCACAAUGGCACAACAUUCACACUGGACUUCAUAAAAUUACUGUAGCUGCAUGACAUUCGGGCUACAUUUUCACUUGUGUAAACCAUGUAACAGCCUGCAUUUUUUUCCCCACUUGAGGACAAACACUUUAAAACUUUAAACACUUAAAUACUUUAGUUGGAGAAGUAUGGGAGAGGCCUUUGCCCUGCAGUGGGCGUAACCAGGCUGAUGACGAUGAUGACUUUAAAAGAUAUCUGCAAAACGUGAAAAAAAUAUUUGCUUGGGUCUAUUUGUUCAAGCACCAAGUACGUGUGGUCGCUCUUAUAGAAAUGCGCACCUAUUUGAGCUAUCGAGAACUUAGCUGUUACAAGUGCUUUGGCAAACAAGGCGCUUGUCAACAAAAUAUAGUAGCUAUAGGUGCUGUCACUCCAAGCUACAUCUAUGUGCGUUUUGGCAAUGCUAAUUAGUUUUCAGUCGUCUGACACUACCGUCUCGGUUGCGUGGCAGGACUAUUACGAAUUAACGUUUCUCGCACUAUUGCACAGUCCAAAUAUGGUCAUUAGACUUGUUUUCAGAGUGCGUGUGACACCAUGAGCUCCCGUUUAAAGCGGUCUUUUGUGUUCACGCUUAAAAGCACAAUUUGUUGCAUUGAAAUGUCGCUGUGACUAGCGCCACACUGUCGAGACACUUUGUCCUUGUAUUCAACUGGCUUUUCACUUUUUCUUUUCUUUUUUGCUUUUUGCAUCAAGUGAAGGUAAUAACCCUUUAAAUCCUUAAGAAAUGUCAGCAAGUGCUGAAGCAACCUGAAUGAUUAACUAUAAUACUUGUUUCUACGAACAAUAUUUGGUUUCAGUACCCAGAAUCUGUAUGUGUCGCAACAGCUUGAUGACAAAGGCUCCCUUCGUUCCUGCAGUUGGCAUACGAGAGUGCUGCCAAAAGAAAACGCAUGCCUUGUUUUUAUUGUACAGUGAGCAACAUCAUCAUACGUAGCCUUACUGUAACACGAUGUCGGCAAAUUCUGCUGCGUGUCACACCGGCUGCAUCAUGUCACAUUGGCAAUUAGAGACACACUUCAGUAUCAAGUAAAAAUAUCUUGUAUUCGCAUGGCAGAGCAAAUCGUGAUUUGAACUCGUGUAUUGCAUAUCGCAUGAUCAUACGUCACCUGUUCCCAUGGUGCUCCCCAAGUCCCCACAAAGCGUUUUGCGAUGCAGCGGGAAGCCCAUUCACCAUUGGGAUUGUUGGCUUCUUCACGUUUGCGCCGGAGGCUUGCUACGAAGUGAUCCAGUGCAUGUCACAUAUCCGAUCUGUCCGUGAGCACAUCCAGUGUGCGACUCCAGCUUUAGCGACUGUCAUACUUGCAGAGUGAAAUCCUUCUACUUGCGAGAUGAGUUUGCCAUGGUAGAGCUUUUUUUUAACUUCGAAAGCAGGUAAAUGACGCUGAAAAACUGUGCAGGACAUGAAACCGUGGUCUGACAGCACUGAUGACACCAGUAUUGGCUACUUUCAAAGUAUUCAUGCAUUUCUUGUUUCGUACUGGUCUCGAGUUUCAGCUAGUGCACACAAAACAUCCUUCGUCUAUGUUCACUUAAAUGCCAUUUUGAGAUAAAUGAGUUUUCUGGAAAACUAUUGUCUGUGAACCAUCUAAAAGUGUGGUGAACUGGCGCUGAUCAGAGCAGUACACUGGCCUUGCUUGUUGCAUGUCUGCUUUGUUGCUGUUUCGUUAGUGCAUUAUCAUUUUUGAAUGAAUUCUUCUUAAGAUGACUUAUAUCUGUUUGGAUUAAUGGAUGUAUGCUCUCUUGCUGUUUUGUUGGUUUAAGAAACAUCGGCAAGCAUGCACCGAUUUACACAAUAUCGCCUUCAACUGCAGAGAAUUUUGUGGGGCCAUUAAAUCAGUAAAUUUGCAGACACAAGUUGGAAUCUGCUAGUGUGAAAGACAGGGGUAAUUGGAUAUUUCUGGGAGAGGCCUUCUUCCUGGCAGGGGACAUAAAAAUAGGCUAAUGAUGAUGACCUUAACCUAGGCUCGUGUGACAGGAAUGUUUCAAUACCAUCUGGAGAUAAACUAAUUUUCUUUGGAGCAUUUGUUGGAGCACCACCAAGAGCUGUGAUACAUCAACAUUAGUGGCAGCAGUUCGUGGUUUCUUUUUUUCUUUCUUUUUUUAAGACCACAUCUGAGUUGUUGCUGCCUUGUUGGUUUCUCAAAGGUCUUUGCAUGAUUCAUUUAUAUAAAAUGGCUUUUAACUGUGCUCGGUUUAACAGACGCAUGGUCUUUCACUGUCUCAUUGGUUUAACAAAUGGUGCGAAGUGUGCACUUAUUCAUGUAAGAUCAUAUUAACCAAGGCGCAUGUGACAAGGCUGUCUUUGUGGUCCCGCUAACCACUACACAAUGCCAGUACUGUGCGGCAGGUUUGCCGGUGGCGACCUAGUUUUUCCAUGUGUACCUCGAGAAGGAAUGGCCUCCCCGGCAGUGCUGUUUGUUUGUGCGGUUCACGCAGGAUGGCCCAUAAGGAGGAAGAUAGAACAACCUGAAUUGCAGCAGGGCUUUCGUUUUUGUACAGUAAUUUAUACACGCGCGCGCAACCUGUGAAGCAGUGUUUAAACAACAGUGCACUUACAAUGAAGUGAUUGGGAGGACUGCCCUCGGGUGUUUCGUUGGACAGUGCGGCAGAAGACCCAAUAAAAUAUUUUCUGUGGUUCAAAAGAA